UCAUCAGACAGAGGGGGGGAAACUAAAACAUGGCGGACCGAGGCUGAAGUUAGCGUGAAGCGUUGGUAAAAACACACAAACCCUCGGGGUUUAGCUUCACUCAGUUGGAUUUUUCGAUCGACUUAUUUGUGUUAUUUGUUUUUUAUUCAUCCCGGACUGAAAUCUGAGUUCUACGUUGAGUUUUUUCGGCGGUUUCAGCCUGAUUAGUCUGAGUUAGCCGUUAGCAUUAGCCGCGUUAGCUGCCUGACCAGCGCCUGCUUUUGUUUUUGUCUCAAAGACGAGACUUGUUGACUCGUUUAAAGACACGAUUUUCUUCAAGAUAGUGUUUUUCCUGAGCGGGAACUGAGUGCUUCAGAGAUACACUAGCUCGGGUGUGCUUUGUUUUGGUCCUGCCGAUUUAAUUCAGAGAGUAAAGGGACAAAGUGUGAGUCGCUGGGCUUUGUUUUGUGAACAUUACAUCCAGGAAACAUGGAUUCAAAGCGAGCACAUUCACACAGUGAAGCUGAAAGUAGCCGAGGAGGAGGAGGCAGCAGCAGCAGCAGCGGGGACUCCAGCUGCGGCAGCCCGGCGUCCCCCUCCCGUAGCCCGGCCCCCGCCUCCCGCAGCCCGGCUCCCCCCUCCCGCAGCCCGGCCCCGGCGCUGCUCCCCGGGGGAAACGCGUUCGCCAACGACGGCAGCUUCAUGGAGAUGUUCAAGAAGAAGAUGGAGGAGGAGCAGCAGAGGAAAAAAGAGACAUGUGGAGGAGCGAGUGGCACCGAGCAGGGACAGACACCAGUGGAAAAGAAGCCCCCUCCCGUGGCGAGCUUUUCUCCUUCAUUGGCAGUCCAUCUGAAGGGCUCCUAUAACGGUUUCAGUCUUCUAUCCCCUAACCCAGGUGGGGAAGCGCAGAGGCGGUGUGUUCCUAAAGACCGGCAUGGUUGAGAAGAAGCUGAAAAACGACUCAGAAGCGGUUCCAGGCAAGAGCGAUGCUUGGUCAAAGUACAUGGCUGAGGUGAAAAAGUACAAAGCUCAUCAGUGUGGUGACGACGAUAAAACCCGGCCGCUGGUCAAGUAAAGUUUUCCAAAACGGGGGAAGCGACAAAAGUGUCUGAGGAGGAUACCGUUCUGGGAGACGCUCCGGGAGAGCUGGCCGCGAUCCGGAUCCUUCUCACACUGCCAGUCCACCUUCACGUCGACAAACUGCUUCGAUCAACUCUCAGUUUUUCCUUGUUUUUUUUUUCUUUUGUGUUGCUUGUUAUUUGUCGGACUCUGGUCAUUUGAUCUGGUGUCAAACGGUGUUUUCACAUUUUCAUUAUUGUUGCAUAUUUUCUAAUUUGUCAUGUCUGGGAUUAGGUCGGUGUUCUUUCAGAUAUGAUUUGAUUUAAUGAGCCAGACGAAAGGUUUGAAUUAAAUCUACACUGCCCUUUCA